GAUAUAGACGUAUACCAUAAUAAUAAAAGUUAAAAUACAGUGUAUUUUAUUUUACAGUUUACAAAAAUAACAAUUGAUUGAAUUUUUAAGCAUCAACUUAUAAGAAUUGUGAACUACAAAUAUAAGCGAAGUUAAGGAAGCGUAAUCAUAAUGUCUGAUGAUAUAGAUAGCUCUGUCCCGCCAACUCAAGAGAAGAUCGAAUUUAAAAAGCCUGUUCUUAUUGGUCGAAUAGGUAAACUUCCUAAAAAAGUAAAGAUCGAUGAGGAAAGCCCUCCAGAAAGUAGUAGUCAAGAGAAGAAAAACGAAAAUUCUCUAGAAUUGAAUGUUAAAAGUUCAUUGCCGCCUGCUGUUUUGUUGAAAGAAAUAUUGACUCCUAUACCAUACAAAGAACCUAAAUGGUCUGGCCUUUGCCCUGACGGCUCUGAAUAUGGCUUAGAAGUAUUGAAAUCAGGUAUGAUACUUGAAAAGAUUGAGUUGACAAAUAAACCAUACUAUGUCUUUGGAAGACUCGCCAAUUGUGACGUAGUUAUGGGACAUCCAACAAUAUCCAGACAUCAUGCAGUCCUCCAGUACAAAGCCUUCGCUGAAGACGGAGAGCCAGCUUCAGGCUGGUAUAUAUAUGACCUCGGCAGCACACAUGGAACGUACAUCAACAAGCAGAAAGUUAAACAGAAUCACUACUUUAGGGUCAGAGUUGGUCAUCAGAUCAAAUUUGGAUCAAGUACGAGAACCUACAUUCUCUUAGGCCCAGAUUUUGAUAGUGAAGGUGAAUCAGAGUUGACUGUUACGGAGAUAAAGAAGCGUGCGGUGAAUAUGAAGUUGGAAAGAGAGAGGAUGAUGAAAGAAGCAGUGGAACAGAGGGAGAGGAACAGAUUGGAAGAGGAGAAACGUAGAGAUGAACAGGGUAUUGAUUGGGGAAUGGGCGAAGACGCAGAAAAUGAAACAGACCUAGCGGAUAAUCCAUACGCUUCAACGGCUAACGAGGAGCUGUACCUGGAUGACCCUAAGAAGACACUCAGAGGCUACUUCGAGAGGGAAGGCUACGAACUCGUGUACGACUGUGAGGAGAGAGGGGUCGGGCAGUUUCUUUGUAGGGUGGAGCUGCCGCUGGAGCAGGCGUCGGGCGGCAGCGUGCGGGCGGAGGCGCUGCACCGCGGGAAGAAGAAGGACGCCGUGCUGGCGUGCGCGCUGGAGGCCUGCCGCCUGCUCGACCGCGCCGGGCUGCUGCGGCAGGCCAAGCACGAAUCUCGACGCAGGAAGCAACGCGACUGGAGCGCUGAUGACUAUUAUGAUUCCGACGAGGAUACCUUCCUGGACAGAACGGGCAGUGUGGAGAAGAAGCGACGGGCUAGGAUGGAGAAGCAUGGUGCAGUGGAACAGGAAGUUAACAAACCGUUGACUUAUGAUGACUUACUUAAACAGAUUACUGACAUAGAAAACAAGAUAUCAACAGAAGAGAAAGCAUUAGAACGACUCCGGGCUACGAGUAAACCGACAAAGGAAACAAUGGAAGAGGAUGCCUUAGAUGCAUUCAUGAGUACUCUGGGUAAACAGGGGCAAAGUAUGGCGCAAAAGGCUGAUAUAUCAAAAACAAAGAUGAGCAUACAGAAGCUUAAAGCGGAGUUAUCUAAAACACAGCGGCUAGCUGAGCUUGCACGGCCUGCGCACGUGCCACCGCUCCUCAAGAAGGACGAUACCAAACUGGCCGUCAAGCAGACCAAUUCUGUGAUUUAUGGAAAAAGGUUGCGGUUAAAAGACGACAAAGAAAAGCGUCCUAAAGUUAAAAAAGAGACGAAACAGGAAGAAGAAUUUGUCGAAGAAAUGGACUCAGAUGAAGAACUAGAAUCUUCUAAAGUAGAAGUUGCUGAGGCAAAAGAAGUAAAACCAGAAGACAGUAUAACACAAGCAAAGAGAGAAGAAAAAGUACAGACAGAAAAGAAAAUGUACGGUCCAAUGAGACCUCCGGAGAAUUAUGUUGUACCUGAAAAUUAUUUUGACCAAGAAACAGACAGGGAUCUACCAGAGAUAGAAGAAAAAGAAUCAUAACAAUAAUAAAUGCUUGAUUCUUA